AUGUGCGGGAGUGUGUGCGCUGAUACCCUUUGUGUGUAUGAUCUAGGUGUGACCUACACCACCUCAGUCGGCGUCGGCAGUCCCCCGACGCAAUACACCCUCCUCAUCGACACCGGCUCGUCCAACACCUGGGUCGGCGCCGGUAAGGCGUAUGUCAAGACGAGCACUAGUAAGUCUACGGGUCAGAAAGUCAAUGUUAGCUAUGGCUCUGGGUCGUUCUCUGGGACCGAAUACACGGACACCGUCACCCUCGGCUCCGACCUCGUGAUUCAGAACCAGAGUAUUGGGGUGGCGAGCACCGCGCAGGGGUUUAGUGAUGUGGAUGGGAUUCUUGGCAUCGGCCCCGUCGACCUCACCUCCGGCACCGUAGCAAACAACCAGCCCGUCCCAACCGUAACGGAUAAUCUCUUCAGCCAAGGCACCAUCUCAGUGGAAAGUAUUGGGAUCUCGUAUGAGCCUACGACGACGAGCAGUGAGGGGACUAUGAAUGGGGAGUUGACUUUCGGGGGGGUUGAUAGUGGCAAGACGACAGGAGACGUGAAUUACGUCCCGAUCACGAGCACGUCGCCUGCGAGCAAUUAUUGGGGGAUCGAUCAGUCUAUCACGUAUAACGAUGCUACGAUCUUGGAGUCGACGGCUGGGAUUGUUGAUACUGGCACCACCCUAAUCAUGAUCGCGACCGACGCCUUCCAAGCCUACGAGAAGGCUACCGGGGCGACUAUGGACAAUACGACGGGGUUGUUGAGUAUUACCGAGAGUCAGUUCGAGAAGCUGCAGAGUCUUUUCUUUAAUAUUGGGGGGGUGCAGUAUGAGUUGACCGCGAACGCGCAGAUCUGGCCGCGUGCGCUGAACUCGACGCUCGGCGGCGAUUCGAGCAAGAUAUACCUUGUCGUGGCCGAUAUGGGUUCGCAGAGCGGACAGGGGUUGGAUUUUAUUAACGGCUUCACGUUCCUCCAACGCUUCUACUCCGUCUACGACACGACGAACUCGCAGCUCGGGCUCGCGACUACGUCUUUCACGGAUGCGACGACGAACUGA